CGCGCUUCUAUCCGCACCGAGACGCCCAUCGACUUCGACACUCCCUCACCAACCACGUCGCCAAACCAGUCCAACCGUCGAGAUGGCCCAGGAACGCUCCGGAAUUGUGGUCGGUCUGAACAAGGGCCAUAAAACCACCCCCCUCAACACCCCCAAGACCCGUGUCAGCCGCACCAAGGGCCAGUCCUCCCGCCGCACUGCCUUCGUUCGUGACAUCGCUCGUGAGGUUGUCGGUCUUGCCCCCUAUGAGCGUCGUAUCAUCGAACUCCUGAGAAACACUCAGGACAAGCGUGCUCGUAAGCUCGCCAAGAAGAGGCUCGGUACCUUCGGCCGUGGCAAGAGAAAGGUUGAGGACAUGCAGCGCGUCAUCGCCGAGUCUCGUCGUGUUACUGGUCACUAAAUUCGUUCCCAUUCAAUCCGAUAAAGCUUUCUCCUAUUAGCCAAAGAAAAGAAUGAGAUAACGAAACGAUGAAGUGAGUCUUGGUGGCCGAUCACAUGGAGUGUGGGGGAGGUUCUGUCCAUAUGGGGAGGGAAAAAUGACAACCCGACCUACCUUCUUUGCUUCUAUCUCUCCUGGGAUAUAGGAAUGGAGGCAAGGGAUAUGAUUCCAUAGGCGUGGACAAUUGGACAAAAAAACAUAAAUGGAUCUCUGAUUCUAAUGCAAUACCACUGGGACUUGGUUUCUUUCACCUUCAAUCUUCGGAAU